GAGCUCACAGCGACCAAGCCUCUCCCGUACCGCCCUUUCCGCUGGGGCCCGUUGUACCCGCAGCACAUGGGUAUCCGCAACAUCGUCGAGUCGGCCAAGUGGCUCCAGCUCGACAACGAGUACGAGAACACGAUCAAGCUCCGUGCAGCACGCAUGGCCGACCCUUCCCUCAUGAGCAGCCACACCCGACCUGGCUACCACGCCCACGCCCUCGAGACGCUCGUCGAGAUUGCCUCGUUCCUGUCGCAGCGGUUCCCCAAGCUGUUCGUCGUCGACCGCACGCCCUACAACGCCGCCGACUCGAAGACGCAUGGCGACAUCGACAGUCCGGGACUCAGUCUACAUCCAGGAGCCGUCACUGACUCGCCCUGUACCGUCCGCGCAGAUCUUUUGCAGGACGACCUCGCCGUCAUGGUCGAAGACGAGAACGGCGAGUACCGGUUCCAGGCCGGCUCAAUCUGCACCGCCGGCUUCUGGCGCCUCAAGGACAAGAUCGGCCUCACGCUCGACGAUAUUCACUUCAAAGGCGCCGUGCCCAACUACGCCGACAAGUAUCAGAAGUCGAUGAACCGAUUCUUCAGCAACCUGCGCGAGGACAAGCUCGUCGAGCGCAACAACUACUUCUUCCAGGUCGACGAGCAUCUCAGCUGGAGCGAGAAGACGAACGGCACCGAGGCCAUCUUCGACCACUUCACCAAGGGCCCACAGGCCGACCUCGUCGACAAGGCUCGAGAGGUCGUUCACCCGACUGCGGCGACAAGUGCCUCGGACGUCUGGUUCCGCACCGAGCGGCAGACGCUGCGUCGCCUUCCCAAGACGCGCGCCAUCCUCUUCACCGUCAGGACCUACCUCAUUCCUGUCACGCAGCUCGCCGACGAGCCGGGCGUGCCAGGCCGAAUGGCGUCCGGGAUCAGGAGCUGGCCACAGGGCGAUCGCAGCGUCACGUGGUACAAGGGCGGCGAGCUGUUCAACCCGGUCCUUCUGCCUUUCCUCGACAAGAAGCACGAGGAGCAGGUCGUCGCCGGCGUCGUCAAGCUCAACGACAAGGGCACGACCGACGAGAAGUACCCGUACUAGAGUAGACGUGCUAGCCUGCAGUAAAAAGCUGUCCGAGUGC